AUGGCCGAUCUGGAUGCAGAAUCCUGCUCCUCAGAAAUGCAUCGAAAAGAUGAUGUUUUUGUCAAUGGACAAAUUGAUGAAACGGAUAAUGGUAAAAAUGGGAGUUUACUCAAUCCAGAAGCAUCACCCAAAAAGAGUGAGAAGGUGCUGCCGCGACGCAGUAGUUUGAUCAAGGAUGCCUCUGCCCGCAGACACCAUCGAAAGAAAACAGUCUCAUUCAGCUCUAUGCCUACGGAGAAAAAGAUCGCAAACGCCCCUGAUUGCCUAAACUAUAUGCAAAAUGGCAGUGAACUGAUCAAAGUGCGAUCCAACAGUCGACAGUAUCACAGACUAUUCACCAUAGAUACUGCUCUUAUAGAGAUUCGAUGGCAGCCAUCUUCUAAAAAGCCACAUAAAGCAAAAAUACUGGUUGAACAAAUCAAAGAAGUACGCAGUGGAAAGACAACAGACAUUUUACGGAAUAAGGACAUUGCAGGAAUAUACCCCGAUGAGUGUGCAUUCUCUAUUAUAUUCGGGGACAACUUUGAGUCAUUGGAUUUGAUAGCCAACACACCAGAUGAGGCAAACAUAUGGGUGACUGGGAUUAUGUGUCUCAUUACAGGCAAGAAUGGAAACAUUGUUGGAACUCUGGAAGAAAGACAACAGAUGCGAGAUAGAUGGCUGCAGGAGAUGUUCUCUGCAGCAACUACAUUGGACGACAGUGGACGUAUGGAUGAGAGAGAGGUCGUAAACCUAAUGAAGAAGCUCAACACUGGUCUCACCACAGUCAAGGUCCAGCAAAAAAUUAAGGAGCUGUCGAUGACCCCUGAUAAAAAAAGAGGACGGCUUAGCAGUGAAGAAUUUAUUAAUUUAUUUAAAGAGAUGUGUACCAGGCCUGAAAUAUAUUUCCUGCUUGUUCGGUACUCUAGUAGUGCAGAUAUGAUGUCAGUGGAAGACUUACAUUUAUUCCUGGAGGCAGAGCAAGGGAUGACAAGAGUAACAAAAGAAAAAUGCUUAGAAAUAAUCCAAAAAUAUGAACCCUCAACCGAAGGCAAACAAAAUGGCUAUCUGGGAAUUGAUGCAUUUACCAGCUAUUUAUUGAGCAACGAAUGUGAUAUAUUUGACCCAAUCCACAGGUCUGUGACACAAGACAUGACUCAACCUCUCUCCCAUUACUUCAUCGCCUCCUCACACAAUACAUACCUCAUGGAAGAUCAGCUUAAAGGCCCGUCCAGUGUGGAGGCUUAUAUCCGGGCACUCAGGAAAGGAUGCAGAUGUAUAGAGUUGGAUGUAUGGGAUGGGCCUGAUGAUGGUGACCCACUUAUAUACCAUGGACACACACUAACAGGGAAAAUACCAUUUAGAACAGUAAUAGAAGCAAUCAACGAACAUGCAUUCGCAACAUCGCAGUAUCCAGUUAUCUUAUGUCUAGAGAAUCACUGUGGUUCUAAACAACAGCAAUUCAUGGCAGAGACUUUACGGAAAGUACUUGGAAAUAAACUAUACACAGAUGAUGCAGCUAGUAAUGAAACCUACCUACCCUCACCAGAGGCCUUUAAGUGCAAAAUAUUAGUCAAGUGCAAGAAGAUCAGUGAUAUUGAUGGUGAGGAGGGAUACGUCACUGAGGAGGAUGAAGGAAGUGAAUCGUCUGAUCAGAGGAAACAACGCCACAAAAGGGUACACAUUCCAGAGGGUUCUACAAGGAAGAUCCGUAUGGUGAGGCCUCUUUCAGAUAUAGUCAACUAUUGCAAAUCAGUGAGAUUUGAGGAUUUUCACAUAUCAGCUCAAAACCAAAAGUGCAAUGAAUUGUGCUCAUUUAGUGAAUCUACAGCUAUAAGGCUAGCUGUUGCACAUCCAGAGGAGUUUGUCAGUCACAAUAAGAGGUACCUGUCCAGGGUGUACCCCAAUGGUAUCAGGGUAGACUCAAGUAACUUUAACCCACAAGACCUCUGGAACUGUGGCUGCCAACUAGUGUCCCUUAACUAUCAGACUGCAGGGCUUAUGAUGGACCUAAAUGAUGGCAGAUUCAGACAAAAUGGCCGCUGCGGUUAUGUUCUGAAACCUGCUAUUAUGAGAGAGGAGAUUGCUUACUUCAGUGCCAAUACAAGAGACAUCAUACCUGGCGUCUCACCGCAAAUAUUGCAAAUUAAGGUGAUCAGUGGUCAACAGUUCCCAAAGCCAAAGGGCAGCAGUGCUAAAGGUGACGUAACAGAUCCUUAUGUCAGCAUAGACUUGUUUGGUAUACCAGCAGACUGUGCCGAAGAAAGAACUAAAACUGUGCCAAAUAAUGGAUAUAACCCAAUCUAUGAUGAAAGUUUUGAGUUCCAAGUUAACCUACCUGAGCUGGCCCUGGUUCGAUUCUGUGUUCUUGAUGAUGAGUUCAUUGGGGAUGAGUUUAUAGGGCAAUAUACCAUACCUUUCACAUGUAUGCAAACAGGAUACAGGCAUAUACAGCUGAUGUCUUAUACAGGGGAACCCUUAGAGAACACUACACUCUUUGUACAUAUAGCAAUCAGCAGUAAAUAUGGCAGUGGUAAAGCCAAGAAGGGUGGCUCAACUUCUAAGAAGCACAAGAAAUCCAGAGAUUACACUAAUGUCAAAAUAGUUGGUGUCAAAUGUAUAGAUGAGACAUUUAAGACUGCUGUGCAGCCACUUCGAGACUCCACUGACUUGAGAGACCACGUUCAGAUAGCGCUGGCGUUCUUCAAAGAACAAUGUGGUCUAGCUACCAACACAAACCUAAAGCAGUGUAUGCGUAUACUCUCUACCAGGGUACAUAAUUCACAAGAGAAACCAACUCUGCGUCUACGAGAAACUGAUGAGUACCCCUGGUUGGACAUAGAGGGCUCUGUUCCAGAGAUCAUAAGACGGGGCAUGGUAGCCUAUGAGUCCCUGAUAAUUGGCUGUAAGGACCUCAUACAGAAAGCCGAUGCUCUACAUGAGAAGUUGAUCGAAUGUCAACAGCAGGGAUUAGAAUGGCAUGAGGACCUCAAUAAUUUAUGUCAAAAUGCUGGUCUGAAAGGCAAGAAAAUAGUCAAGUUUAUAUGCUGGGCCAACUUUGAGAAUGAGGCCCAUGAGAACUUUGCUUGGAACAUCCGUGUGUUGAAAGGACAGGCUGAUUUGCUGCUACAGGCCAAGAAUGAAUGCCAGGAGUAUAUGACUCAGGUCCAUGAUGCAUGUAUAUCAACUGGUCUUGUGAAGAAUGGCAAUUUGAUAAACGUUAACCAGUCACCCCCUGAAAGUCCAGUGACACCUGACACCCCCCAGGAAGACAUUGAACUCUUCCUUCCUGGAGUUGAUGGCCCUAAAUGGCCCGAACAUACUAGCUCUCUAGACACUAAGACUCUAGAAUCUAAAACUGUAGAAACUAAGUCCCCCGAUGACAAGACUGUGGAUUCUCAGUCUCCGGAAACAAAGUCUCUAAACAGCCAAGAACAACAAACACCACCAGUCCAUCAAAGAACAGACUCUUGUGGUUCAAGUGUUUCAAAUCCAACUGAUAGCUCAGAGCUCAGAAGGAAAUCCCAACAAAGUGCAGAUACACAGUCACCUAUAAAGGAUGACUCAAAAUCAAACAGUGCAACUAGUAUAAGUGCAAAUAGUGAAAAUGACACAGAUGAGGCAGAUAUCCAGAAAGACAGCAAUAAUGUUGACGGUAAGGAGACUGAUACAGCUAUUUCAGACUCUGCAAAACAAGGUGAUUCGGGUACUAAAAUAAACGCAAAUAAUACAAAAACGGAAAAUGUGGAUAACAAUGCAAUGCUAAAGCAAUCUGAUGCAGUCCCAAAUUCAAAUGCACCUUCAGGUGCCUAUGUCCAAAAAAUGACCUCACCAACCAAAACAACUGACAGUCCCAAAAAGUCUACACCAGAUUUAGAAAAGGCAAUUAAUAAUGAGGAAGAUGUGGGGAGUAUGGACUCGCAGCACCAACAGAAUGGUAUAAUCUCCCCAGAGGCACAACCACAAACUGAGACAAAACACAACAAUACAGAGCUAUGACCUCAUAGUCAUAAAAUACAGUAAAGUUCACUUAGGAAUUAUUCAACUUGAAGGAGUUCUUUUUACAUUAAAUAAAUGGGUAACAGGACUUUAAAAAGUGUUUUAUAUGGAGGUGUUUCACUUAUAGAGGCGUUCUACUUUACAGUUAUAUCUGAUGUUGAUAAUGUAAGUGUGUUUAAUAGGUCAUAAUUUCAUAGUUUGGGUGUUAUGAAAAUAUAUAUAUAUUGUGAAAAUAUCAGGUGUGGCUCUUGACUACUGUAAACUGGUUAAUUUGAUGCUUGUUUUAAUUAUCUAUUUAAGGAACUCCCUCACUCUUUAUUUGUUGGGAAUAGAAAUCCAACCGCAAGAACAAUUUCACAUGACCUGGUGAAAAUAGCUAAGUCUUCAUAAGACGCUAAUUACUCAGAUGCGAGUAGGCAGUUACCAGUUUCGCCGUCAGGUGGCUGAUUCGGGGAAUUAACAUGGCAGUGUAUUACAAAAUUCCCUUAAACUUGAAUAUUCAUCAGUUUUAGUUCAUCUGAUAGUUAUACA